UGCCCCGCGGGUCACUUGUUGUAACGCGUCUGCAUAUCAGCUGCGAGUCGCUGUCCCACUCGGGUCCAGCGCGCGGGCGACAUGGCCGGCUGGGGAGCCUUCUUCGUGUCACUCCUCAACUACAAGACAGAGAAAUAUGUCAUCGCCGAAAACCGGAGGAUCGGAAUAUUGUUCAGACUCUACCAGCUGGCCGUGCUGGGGUACAUCAUCGGGUGGGUGUUUGUGAUAAAGAAGGGCUACCAGGAGAGAGAAGAGGCCAUCCAGACCUCAGUCAUCACCAAGCUUAAAGGUGUUGCACUGACCAACAGCUCCGAGGCCGGGCUUCACCUGUGGGGUGCUGAGGAUUAUGUCAUACCCCCGAAUGGUGAGCAGGUGUUCUUCGUAAUAACAAAUUACAUAGAGACCCCCAAUCAGAGGCUGGGGUUCUGCGCUGAGAGCUUCAGGGUGCCAAAUGGACGAUGUCAAAGUGACGACGACUGUGUCGAGGGGGAGCCUGUCACAGCUGGCAACGGAAUAAAGACCGGCUUGUGUUUAAACAGCACUGGGACCUGUGAGAUUCAUGCCUGGUGCCCUGUUGAGUACGGCAAGAGACCCAGAGAGCCCUUACUGAGUGAAGCGGAAAACUUCACCAUCUACAUCAAGAACUUCAUCAGGUUCCCAAAGUUUGAAUUCUCCAAGUCCAACGUCCUUGAAAACUAUAACGACAGCUACCUCAAAACGUGCUCCUACGACAGUGAGGACCACCUGUACUGCCCCAUCUUCCGCCUCGGAGACCUGGUCAGCUGGACUGGAAACGACUUCCAGGACAUGGCUGCUAAGGGUGGGUCUGUUGGUAUUCUCAUCGAGUGGAACUGUGACCUGGAUAAGGACUCCUCACAGUGUAACCCACAGUACAGCUUUACCCGCUUGGACAUAAACUUGAACAACUCUGUCACAUCAGGAUACAACUUCAGGUUUGGCAGGUAUUACAAGGAUCCUAAUGGUGAAAGCUUUCGCACUUUGUAUAAAGUGUAUGGGAUUCGCUUCGAUAUAAUGAUCAAUGGCCAGGCCGGGAGAUUCAAUAUUGUUCCCACAAUUAUUGCCAUAGGCUCGGGUGUUGCCCUGCUGGGUAUCGGAGCCUUCGCAUGCGAUAUGAUACUCCUGUACAUGAUGAACACAAGCUCCUUUUACAGAGAGAGGAAGUUUGAGAUCAUCAACUUCAAGAAAGAACGGACCAAAAUCAAGGAAGGGAAGACGGGUCAGCGGGAAAAGAGAUCCAGGAAACCAGCUGCUGAGAAGCAGAACGCCAACUCCACCAAAGAGCCAGCGGACCCCGAGGCCACUGCAGAGAGCCAGCUGCCUGUGGACAUUCGGGGUCCCACCGUUCCACGCAACGCAGGACAGCGAUACCCUGCCAAGAUCUCUCCGCAGGGCGCAGAGCCAAAGCCUCACAUCACCUUCUCUCCACACAAUUAAGUUAGGCAGGCAGACCAAGACCAAUCACCUGCAGAGGCCCGCGAGAGGCGGAGCCAAAAGACGGACGUACGUGGACUUCUCACCCAACUGGAACGCCACUAGCUUGAGUGAUGCUUGUCCCGACUACACACAUGUUGGUCCAGAGAAAUGUAAAUGUUGGGCUCUGUGCAAGUGGUCCAGGAAGCGGAUGUAGAAACACACAGAAAGCUGGUUGUCAGGGGCGGGGUCAGGGUCCAAAGAUGGGAUGUGGGAGAUUACAACAGGUCCAUUGAUAAUGAUAUGCAAGAGUGACAGAAGGGAUUCAUCUAAGACUUUAAGUCAAUUGGCAAAUAUUUGCAGAUUAAUGCAUUAGAAAUGCACAUUAUUAACUGCCUUGGUUUCAUGUCAUAAAAUCAGUGCUUCUAACUUAUUUGGCUGUUGAUCAGACAAAUUAAUUUCCAGUUUGGUUCAUAUAUGAUAAUUGAAGUUUCAUUUUACCAUUUAUGGAAUUUUUUUUUUUUUUUUUAAAAGCAAAAUGACUUGCAGUGAUAGAUUCAUGAGAACCUCAAUGGAUUGGAUUAAGUAAAAUAGACAUUGCAGACUAAUACAUUAACUGUAAAGUGAUUUUGGCUAAAUCAGUUCACAUAACUCCUUAAUGAUUUUAUGAGCAUGGAUUCAAAAUGAAAACCUUUAAAUACAACUGCACUAGGAAGCAAUAUGUAAGAAAGUGUGUGUGAACGGUCUUAAUCGUUGGUAUUUCAGUUGAAUGCAUCGUGUACCUCUGUUGUGAAUUUGAGUGCACGUUAAACACGGCCGAUGUGUCUCCUGCUGUAUUGACGUUGAUCUCAGCCAUGCGAUGGCUACAACACAAUCUUAUUCACGGAACGUAGUUGUGAUGCGCUCAAGUCUACGGAGAUUGGACAAGUUCACUGUUGAUUGUUCAUAAACGAUGCAAAACAUU